CGAUAAUAUACGAAACAUUUCUGGCCCCCCCCAAACCCAAAAUCCUAGCUCCGCCCCUGGCAUCAGCACACGAUGGUCCAGGAGACCAUAUGCACUCACCAGCCCCAUCUCCGAAUAUGGUUGGCCAGCCUGGUGGUUCUUCCUCUCCAGUUGGAAUCAGCUGCUCCCUGGAUGCCACAUUAUUAUUUGGUUCAUCCACCUUGGCUUUCUUCCUUUCUAUGUUUGACUGAGCUCGCUUGUAUUUGUUCUUUUCGUUGUGAUAUGAUCAUAUGUUGAAGAAUAAGUGGAGCUGGGAUGCGAUCUUAUUGUGUACAUCAUUCCUUUGUUAUGUGACACAUUGUGAAUGUUGUUGGUUUCAUUGGUACUUAAUGUUUUGUAUUUCAACUUAUUAAUAAAUUCUGAUCAGACCAACAUUUGUUUGUUGAAAAUUUGAUAAAAGUCAUUGAGAUGAGAGAUUUCGAACAAGCUCAGCCUUCGUCUUUGUUUUAUACAUGUCCUAGGCUCCUAGCCAAGACAGCCAAAUAUGUCAAUACAAAGAUAUUGAACUGUCCUCUGCUGUGAGUUCAACACUACUAAAUACGCCAUGACGGAGCUAUUGCGAGGAGUGAAAGUGUAAAACACUAUGAAACGGAUCGCCGCCAGGCUAAAGCCCCGGCCUUUACCGCCCGUCUCGGUGCCGUGUUCCCGUCCUCAGCCGCCGGCCAACGUCUCAUCCUCUUCUUUGCUAUCGGAGUUCACCAAGUUAUGCCAUCAGCAAGACUUACCCAGAGCGAUGAAAGCUCUGGACGAUUUGGAAACCCAUGGACUCCGGGCUGACCCGGCCGUCUAUUCCGACCUCCUCAACGCUUGCCUCUCCCGCCGCGCCGCACCUCUGGCCAUCCGCCUCCAAUCCCACAUCUUAUCUUCUCCCCACUCUCCUCAUACCUUCCUUCUCAACAUGUUGCUCAGCAUAUAUGUCAAACUCCGUCUCUUGCCUCAGGCCCGUUCCCUGUUCGACGAAAUGCCUCAGAGAAAUGUAGUCUCCUGGACGACCAUAAUCUCUGCUCACGCUAACGUCCCCGAGCUCUCCCACAACGCUCUCCACUUCCUCGUCUCCAUGCUCCGCCACGGCGUCACGCCCAACAUGUUCACCUACUCUUCCGUCUUGAGAGCCUGCGGCUGCGUCUCCCAUCUCGUCCAGCUCCAUUCUAGCAUUUACAAACACGGACUGGAAUCCGAUGUCUUCGUCAGGAGUGCUCUUAUCGACGCUUAUUCCAAAUGGGGGCUCCCACAAGAAGCACUCCGCGUGUUCGACGAAAUGCCUACCGGUGAUUUAGUAGUUUGGAAUUCCGUCAUUGCUGCUUUUGCUCAAAACAGCAAUGGCCACGAAGCGCUCCAUCUUUUCAAAAGGAUGAAGAGAGCUGGUUUUGACCCCGAGCAAUCUUCACUGACCAGCGUUCUCAGUGCAUGCACUAGCUUAGCACUCUUGGAGCUGGGGAGACAAGCUCAUGUCCACGUAUUCAAGUACCAUCAGGACUUGAUCCUCAACAACGCCCUCCUCGAUAUGUACUGCAAGUGUGGCGGCGUGGAAGAUGCCAACACCAUUUUCACCCGGAUGGCAGACAAGGACGUCGUCUCUUGGAGCACCAUGAUUGCCGGGCUGGCCCAAAAUGGUUACAGCAGAGAGGCACUCAAGUUGUUCGACUCCAUGAAAGAUUCAUCAACACAACCGAACUACAUCACACUUCUUGGAGUUCUUUUCGCCUGCAGCCAUGCUGGGCUCGUGGAAGAUGGCUGGUGCCAUUUCCGAUCAAUGAAGAAGCUUUACGGGAUUGAACCUGGCAGAGAACACUAUGCUUGCAUGCUCGAUCUUCUAGCAAGAGUAGGGAAGCUCAACAAAGCAGUUGAGCUCAUUAACGAGAUGGGAUUCGAACCUGAUGGAGCGAUGUGGAGAACUUUGCUUGAUGGUUGCAGGGCUCACAAGAAUGUGGAUCUAGCGAUGCAUGCUGCUGAGCAAAUUCUGAAGCUGAACCCACAAGAUGCGGGAAGCUACAUACUCCUGUCGAACAUCUAUGCAAACGCUGGAAGGUGGGAUGAUGUGGCAGGAAUUCGGAAGGUGAUGAAUGAGAAAGGGAUCAAGAAACAACCUGGAUGCAGCUGGAUUGAAGUGGGUAAACAGAUUCAUACUUUCGUUCUUGGAGAUGGGUCCCAUCCGCAGAUCAAUGAGAUUAAGAUCCAGCUGGAGUCGCUGAUUCAACGACUCGUGAGAGCUGGUUAUGUCCCUGACUUGAACUUUGUCCUGAAGGAUUUGGAAGGAGAGGAACAAAGGGAAGAUUCUCUGAGGUACCACAGCGAAAAGCUGGCGGUGGUGUUUGGUUUAAUGAAUUUGCCCAAGGGACAAACUAUCCGGAUCAGGAAGAACCUCAGGAUAUGCGGUGACUGUCACCUAUUUGUGAAACUUGCGACUAAGUUGGAGAAGAGGACGAUUGUGAUUAGAGAUCCCAUACGGUACCAUCAUUUCCAUGAUGGAGCUUGCUCUUGUGGGGAUUACUGGUAACGAAGUCUUGGGACAGAUAAGGCAAAGGAACCAGUAAAUUUCAGGUUCUUCAUUGAUGUAGACUAUUCAGCUGAAUUGCCCUUAUACGUAACCAGUUAUGUCAGUGUUGUUUGUUCUCAUUUCUCAGUACUUGCUUGCGUUGGUUCAUGUGGGGUAUUGAAAAAAAGCUGUGUAUAUGUCCAGGGAAUCGUUGGGGUUGUUAAGAGGCUGAUGCAGGGUCAUAGUUAGUUGCAAUGAGACAUACAGAAACAUGUAUUUAUGAUCAUCUGUAUAUUCAUUCUGUGAUAACAGGAAAGAAGAAGGUUUAACAUAAGCCAAGUUUCAUUCAUCGAAGGAUCUGUGGUUGUCCAUGUUCUCUUUAGAUGUCUCUCUCAAACUGCAUAUAUGGACUGCAAUGCCCCUUCAUUUUUUCCACCGAUCGAAUAGCCUGUCGCUGGAGAGUCAAAGAAGAGCUAAAGCAACUCGCUGACGAUUGUAAGUCUUUUCCAUUGUUGUGUUCGAUCUCAAAACUAUAAUUAGCAAGACUGAACUGAUUGAUCAGCGGAACUGACAGAUUACUUUCGACUCCCACUUUUUUUUUAAAGCUGAAUCAAGGACACCCUUUCAAACCCAGAGCUAGACAGAUAUAGAGCUUCAUGAUUUUCCAUCCUCAAUUUCGGUAUGUUCCACACGGUUCUCAACUUUGCAGUCCUAUCUUACAAUAAUUGGAAUUCCGCAGUUUUGCAAGCCCCUUUCCAUUAACCCAUAUAUACAGAGUUCCUGUUUUGUCAUUUCCCUGAUCAACUCAUGCUAAGCUGAUUUGGUCCUUUGAUUCUAGAUAUUAGUUAGUGCAUAUUAAAGGGUGAGUAUGCCCGUGGGUUGCAUAACUACAGAGUUCUUGAUUGAAGUUUUGCAAUGACCAAAGGCAGAAGCACAUUGUUGAAUCAGAACCCUUGACAUGAUCAGUAUAGCUUUCAGCUUAUGCCCUUAUUUUGGGUUAUUUGUCGUACUUUGGAAAUAGAACAUUUAAGUGUUGUCAUCUUCCUCGAUAAUAACUGCAGAAAAAAGUCCGACUAUCCAAGGCAAUCACCUGCAUCCCUUCUGAUUGUCGGUUUUGAUAUGAAAGAGAACAGAAGAAAAAACAAAGAAACCAGCUAAUGGGUAGCCGGGUGAAUGCAUCACAGUGGAGCUUUACAGAGUGAGUUUCGCUCUGAAUCCUGGAGAAUCCCCAGAUGCAGCAAAGAAGAAAAGGAAGCUUGAAGGAGUUCAAGAGAUGAACUUGAAGCAGCUCAAAUUAGAUAUGUAGGUGAAAUUACGGGAUUAUCAAGCAGUCUACAGAUUGAAGCACCGGUCUGAGGUACUUUCAAUUUGAUUGUUGUGCUUUAAAAGGGAGUUUUUCCUUCCACUUUACCUCUGUUAUCUUUACUUUAUUUACCUGUUGGUUUCAUAAGCCCCUCUUGAUGUUAUUGGGGUUGUAUGCUAUCUUUACUCCAUUUGCCUGUUGGUUUCAGAAGCCCCUCUUGAUGUUAGUGGGUUGUAUGCUAUCUUUUGGUUUUUAAGGGUCGCCAGUUCCAAGAUUAUACAACUUCAGUAGAGACUGAUAGCCUUAUGGUAGUAUCUUUGAUACAAGUAGCAAAAUACUCUUCCUUUUCAUAGGAUCAGUUACCACCCAACUGUUAUAUAACUUAGGUGGUUAUAUGUUCAAGAUAUAUAUAGUUUAGAGAUCUCUUUUUUCCUGAAUGACCAUAGUGUUAGGAAGAACCUGCUGUAUUUGUUUAAAAAUCUCUGUACUUUAUUAUGCUGCUCCUAUUGAAUUUCAAUGAUCUAUUGUUCCUGUGCUAAGCUCCAGAGAGGACACCUGCUUUGUGUUUCAGUUCAUUACUGCAUAUCAGAUGAGCCACCAUUUGCUUGCGACACCAGAAUUCACUCAACGCGGUUGUAUUAACAAGAUACGAAGGGAUACUCAUCACAAAUUGAGAUUGUAAGCUAAGAGGAAGGGAUAUAUUCACAAUGCCAAGUUCAACUAGCAGAAGGUAAAAGCUAUUCCUGCUUGUUAUUCUUCUUCUACUCCAACUUAUUUAUUAAAAUGAAAAAGUGGUCAAUGU